GAGGAGGAGGAGGAGGAGGAGGAGGAGUGCAGUUCAGUGCAUGUUCAGAGUGCACGCUGCAAACCCAGGAGACAGUUGGAGGAGACAGAGGACAGUUUGCACCUGCUGGUCCUCCACCGUCAGUGUCAGCAGCAUGUCUGUGUCCGGAAACCAAACACCAGAGGACGGACUCUACGGUUCCUGGGUGGAGCUGGAGGAGCUCAUCGCAGCCGUGAGCCGCAGGGAGAGUCUGACAGGGCUGCAGGACAGCAUCUCCUCUGCCCUGCAGGGGGAGCUGGAGAGGAUCCUUCUGGAGGCACAGCUGGAGAGUGAGAGGAAUAAAGACAGUCCUCCACAGGUGGCGCCACCACAGUCCUCUGGUUCCCCGAGACUCAGUGAUGAGGACAGUGACUGCGUCACCAUACAGGAGGAGGACGACAGGAGGGGGGACACAGACUGGGUCUGGGACUGGUCCAGCAGACCUGAAACGAUGCCACCAAAGGAGUUUGUGUUUCAGCACCCAAAGAAGCAGAGCUCCCUCAGUGUGAGGAAGGCGGAGGUGAUGAAGAGGGGAAUCUUCUCCUCCGACGUUCUCUUCAUCCUCGUUCCAUCUCUGCUGGCAUCACAUCUGCUCACGCUUGGUGUUGGGAUCUACUUUGGGAAAAGACUGGCUGCUUCUACCACAAGCACACUGUGACUCCAGCAGUAGACUCUCAUUUCCAAACCAUCUGGUCCUCUCUCCUGUACUCACUCCUCUUCUUCCUUCGUCCUUCUUCGUGCCGUAGGAACCUGUCUGCCCGUCCGUCUGUCUCCUCCCAUCAUUAGUUGUCCCGUCACAGCUGCUUCCAUUCCAAUCAGCCUCUCUGUCAGUAUUUGAGGGACUGAGAGCAGAUGGACAUCAACCAAUAAGUCAGGCCGGGGUCACUUGUACCAUCCCAAAAGAGUAGCACUGAUGUUACAGAGCGAGAGCUUCGUCAGACAGAGCAGAGGGGAGCAGGAGUUAAAACGGUUCCAACAAUAAAUCCUUAAAAUGAAGAAAUGAAAACAUUGAAGCUGGGAACGGUGCAUAAUGUGAAGCGGCGAAAUGAGAAAGAUAAUAUGUGAUAGCCUUUCCCUAAACCUUUGAAAGAGCAAAAUGUCUGUAAUUUGUCAAAAGUAAUGACCUUCUGUGACACAGAGCUGCUGUAAGGUUCUCUUCCACGGCUGUUUAUCUAAUGUAGGGAGUCUCAGCGAGCUGACUGAAUAUUAACAGCAGCUCUGGUUGUACUUUAUGUCCUAAAAAAAAAACGUUUAAAUAUUUGACCUCUGACAAAGACUAUUACAAUUCUAUUAAACUUGACUCCUUUUUAAAAAAAAAAACCCUCGUGGUGCCUCUCAGGGCCUUUGUUCUCCUGUUCCACUCUCACAGUGGGAGCUUCUGUCAUACACAUGUUCAUCUCGUUUAAUAAAUGUGGGAAAUGUCAAACGUUCUUCAGCCUACGCAUCGCCGAGACUCGCCGAAGUAAGCUAGGACAUCAAUAAAGUUCCAGUUCGGGUUUCUGAAUAUUGGCUGUAGAAUGUCAUAAAAAGUGAAGAGUUUUUUUUACAACCUGCUGUGAUGGGAACAACCACAGAAACCGAGGUAUGGCCCUUUAAAUAUAGUUCAAUAAAUAAGAUAAUGUCAAUACAGGGGGUUCUUGGUUUACAACACUC